AUGGCAAAAGGCAGUUAUUGGAUUAUUGAAGCAGACAUAGAUGAUAUUCCAGACUUCGGGUCUUCCACAUUGAUGCUGCCUCCCGUCGUCACUUCAGUUACAGAUUUUGACAUGGCCAUCGCUGGGAAGGAUGAAAGCUUCUUCAAUCGUGCAUUCGCCAAUAAUGACUGGGCACGAGAUGAGGAAGUAGUGGAUGAUGUGGUGCUGGAGGAAGUUGGAUGGGAUCUUGAUGUGGGUGAAACUGAUGCACAGCUUUGA